AUGUCGUGUGCUUUCCUGACUUUGGCGUCCAGACGCCAUGUGCCUGCCUUGCACAAGGCCUCGCUUGCCCAGCGAGCUUUUGCUUCCCAUGCCCGAAAUGGGAUUCCGCCCUAUCAGCGCCUGGUCGACAACCUGGCUGUAGUGCGCCAGUCUGUCGGAGAUCGGCCCCUGACCUUGGCCGAGAAGAUCCUAUACUCGCACCUUUCGGAAGCCAAGGGAUGCAAUCCCAUCCGUGGCGAAACGUACCUUAAGCUGAAUCCUGAUGCAAGCGCCCAAACUGCUGUCUUGCAGUUUAUGCUCUCUGGUCGCAAGUCCACUGCCGUGCCCAGCUCGAUUCACUGCGACCAUCUGAUUGAAGCAUACGAAGGUGGCGACCGCGAUGUGGCUCGCUCUCUGGAGUCAAGCGGCGAGAUCUUCAACUUCCUGCAGUCCGCCGCUGAGAAGUUUGGAAUCUCCUUUUGGAAGCCUGGAAGUGGCAUCAUUCACCAGAUUGUCCUCGAGAACUAUGCCGCCCCCGGCACGCUCAUGCUCGGCACGGAUUCCCAUACCCCCAAUGCCGGUGGUCUUGGCAUGCUCGCCAUCGGAGUCGGUGGCGCCGAUGCCGUCGACGCCAUGGCAGGCAUCCCUUGGGAGCUCAAGGCGCCCAAGAUCAUCGGUGUUCAUUUGACCGGCAAGCUCAGCGGCUGGACCUCACCCAAAGAUGUGAUCCUUCGUCUAGCUGGCCUUCUUACCGUUCAGCUCGUGCACGGUCAGCUAAUUAUCAUCCCGAUUGCCGAUGGCGAAAAUCGGCAAUCUUAUGCGAUGCAGGGUGGAACCAACCACAUCCUCGAGUAUUUUGGUCCGGGCGCCGAUUCCCUGAGUUGCACCGGCAUGGCCACCAUCUGCAACAUGGGAGCCGAGGUUGGCGCCACCACAUCGGUCUUCCCUUACUCUGUGAGCAUGGGCCGCUACCUGCGAGCCACUCACCGCUCUGACAUUGCCGAGGCAGUCGACAAUGUAGCUUCGCUCGGCUUCUUGCGCGCCGACAAGAACGCCCACUACGACCAGGUGAUCGAAAUCAACCUCUCUGAGCUCGAGCCCCACAUCAACGGGCCCUUUACUCCAGACGCCGCCACCCCCAUCUCGCAGUUUGCAAAUCUCGUCAAGAAAAACGGCUGGAAGGAUGAGGUCAAAGUCUGCCUGAUUGGUAGCUGCACCAACAGCUCCUAUGAAGACAUGUCUCGUGCCGCGUCAAUCGCCCAUCAGGCUGCAGACAAGGGGCUCAAGACCAAGACCGGAUUCUUUAUCACCCCUGGCUCAGAGCAAAUUCGCGCAACAGUCGAGCGCGACGGGCAAACCGAUGCUCUUUCCAGCGUCGGUGGCAAAGUGCUUGCCAACGCCUGUGGCCCUUGCAUUGGCCAGUGGAAGCGCACGGACAUCGACCAGAACCAGGAGAACGCCAUCCUGACCUCCUUCAACCGCAACUUCAAGUCGCGCAACGAUGGCUUCUCCAAGACCAUGAACUUCUUGGCUUCGCCGGACAUUGUUACCGCCAUGGCCUUCUCCGGCAAGCUUUCCUUCAACCCAGUGACGGACACGCUGCUGGAUGCCCAGGGCAACGCUUUCAAGUUCGAGCCCCCCAAGGGCAGCGAUCUUCCUUCCGAGGGAUUCAUCAAGGGCCGUGAGUCUCUGCAGGUGACUACUGUCCAGAAGGACACCACCAUCACCAUCGAUCCACAAUCGUCGCGCCUGCAGAUCCUGGACCCUUUCGCUCAGUGGGAUGGCCAAGAGUUUGCCGACCUGAAGGUCCUCGUCAAAGUUCAGGGCAAGUGCACAACCGAUCACAUUAGCGCUGCUGGAAAGUGGCUCAAGUAUAAGGGCCACCUCGAGAACAUCGCCAACAACACCCUCAUUGGGGCCACCAACGCUUUCAACGGCAAAGUGAACGUUGUCACCAACGAGCUCGAUGGAUCGGCAAGUACCCCUGACACCAACGACAGCAUGGAACCCUGCCUCGAUCUGCAUCCUCCCUCAGUCUCUAACAUUGAUUCUGAGGGAGCUAUCCCCGAAGUCGCUCGCGCCUACAAGAGCGCCGGCGUUCCCUGGGUCGUUGUGGCCGAUUCCAACUAUGGCGAAGGAUCUGCGCGCGAGCACGCCGCUAUGCAACCCCGCUAUCUCGGCUGCAAGAUGAUCAUCUCGAGAUCAUUUGCUCGCAUCCAUGAAACCAACCUCAAGAAGCAAGGCGUUCUGCCCGUGACCUUUGCCAACCCUGCCGACUACGACUUGAUCACCGAGGGAUGCACUGUCGAGACCGUCGGACUCCGAACCAUCGCCCCUGGCUCUCCUCUGAAGAUCCGCGUCACUCCCAAGAACGGCACAGCAUUCCACCUUGACGUCAAGCACACCCUUAGCGAGGACCAAAUCGAAUGGUUCAAGGCUGGCAGUGCCUUGAACAUGAUCGCUUCGUCGCAGAACUAA